AUUCGACCACCUCUACUUAUAUGGAACACACCGGAAACCUUUCGUCGUCUAGUGUCUGAGCAAAAUUAUUCUUUAGUCGUUUUGAAUGUGUUAAACCCAUUCAACCGGUUCUCCCAGCUCCGAGCAAACAAAAUUAUUUCCUUUGACAAUUGUCCAGUUUUCGUUGGAUCCACAACGGUCUCGGUUUAUUCGGUUUCGAUUUUCUAGACGUUGUCGUCCAAUCUGCAAGCAUGUCCGGUGAUUGUCCCUGCCCCGCGCCCACGGAUUUUUCGCCAUGUCCUCCGGGAUCGACGUGUCCGCCAUGUGAUUGUGGUGACUAUGCAGGAUGUUGCUAUCAGCAGCCUCCCCGCACUUUGCCAAUUCUGCCGAAGUCGCACUUUAUGCGAUCCACGGCGCCGCUGGACACCGAUACCAUCUAUCGGCGUUCCUUCUACGCCAAUUGUGGGGACAACAUAAGGGCCCGUCCCGUCAUGCCAAGCUCUCAGAUCCGGGCUUCUACGGCACCGUUGGAAAAGUGCACCAUACAGAAGCUUUCCUAUAUGCCUCCUUGUCCGGUGAAGCGGACGCCACCCAUUGUACCCAUGGAGAGUGGGCUCCGCUUUGAGGGUCCCAUCUACGCAAUGACUUCGCAGAAGCAUGACUACGUACCCAAAGGGAUCGUAAAGCGUGAUCCCAUUGUACCGAGGGUGGCUAUCUGCACAUCGAAUGCUCCGAUGGAACGCUGUACUAUCCAGAAGCUGAGCUAUAUGCCCAUCGAUGUGUGCCAGAAUCCACCGCGGAAGCCCAUGGUGCAGGGAUCGCACUACUGCAAGCCAGCGGGGCCCAUGGAGCGCUGCACUAUCCAAAAGCUGUCAUACAUGCCGGUCUGCUUGCCGGCCAAGGAACCCACUCCCUGGGCCGACAAGAUUCGGUGUGCCCCGCCACGCUACUCAAACGUUUGCACCACUUACAACUUGAGCUACAUGCCCAAUUGUAACGAGGCGCGCACAGCUCCGGUGAUGCCGCUGACCACUUUGCGUUUCUGUGGCAACGAUUCCGGUUCCGGUAGCACGGUCUACAAGCUCAGCUACAUGCCAGUUGAUGCUUCAAGGACCAAACCGGCGGCCGUCCUACCCAGAGAUACUUUUUGCCGACCCACUGGGCCGCUCGAGAAGUGCACCAUUCAAAAGCUUUCCUAUCAGCCGAACUGCACGGAGCGUACUCCACCCAUUCGUCCGAUGGAGAACGGACUGCGUUUCGAUGGGCCCAUGUACGCAAUGACUACUCAGAAGCACGAUUUCGUGGCCAAGCCGCAUGUCAGACGGGCACCAAUUAUGCCGCGGACCGCCUUCUGCCGACCAACCGGAGCAAUGGAGCGCUGCACGGUAAACAAGCUGUCUUAUAUGCCGGUGGACGUAACCUGCUUCCCGCGGGCUGAAACGGUUCGGCCACGACAGGGUUUCUGCCGCAACGAAGGACCCAUGGAGAAGUGCACUACUUACAAACUCAGCUACUUGCCAAACUGUGUGCCGCCCAAAGAGCCUCUGCCAUGGGCCAGAUACUCAUCCUACUGCAAGCCAACCGGUCCCAUUGAGAAGUGUACUAUACAGAAACUGAGCUACGGUCCACCGGGUGCCUUCCAGCGUUGUGGCGGUCCUUGUGGAACUGGCGGUGGCAAUGGCAACUUCCCCACGGCCGGCAUUUGUUGAGUUUGAAAUACAUUUUGAUUGCUCCCUGAUUGUCCUGCACCAAACUUGUCCCGAGUUCGUCGUUUUGUGUUGUACCAAAAUCUUUCAGUCCAAGUCUCAAAAAAGAUGCGGUAUUUCUUUGUUGUAAAAGUUUAACAGCGAUCUCACUAUCUGAACUGUCUCUGUAAUCCAUUUUAUCAUAAUUUGUCUAUGUAAUAUGUAUAUACAGAAAAUUGCACGUGA